GAGAAAGAGGGUGGAAGAGGGAGUGUGUGAGAGAGAGCGUGGAAGAGCGAGAGAGAGGGUACAGAAGUGGUCCUUCAUAGUAGGGCGCGCGGGACUCAGGAAGCGCACGAGAAUGUAGUCAGAGGACGUUUGCUACGGAUGAUACAAUUAACAGUAACAUUGGGACGUUUGGAGGAUACGAGAAAACAUCGAUAAUUCAAAUUGAAUGCACUUGUAUUCAAAGAACAUGAUGGAACAUGGACGAAAGAUGGAACAUGGACGAAAUAAGAAUAAGAGAGGUAAGACAGUUCGCAGAGAAUAUGUUUUUUCCCCCUCUCAUAGACAAGCUAAGUGAAAAUAUUGGCAGUUAAUCGCUGUGGACAUUUUUUUUUUUGCACAACUAAAUACCAUUCGAGAUGGAUUUUCUAAAUGUAUCCAAUGAUGCGGAAAAUGCAUCCAUAACCAGUCCCAAUUCCACAAGAAGCCAGUACUCCUUGGCCACUAUCUACGGGCUGACAGGAUUAGUGGGCUUUCUUAUAUUGUUUACAAUUGUCGGCAACGUUUUGGUGGUAAUCGCUGUGCUAACAAGCAGGGCGCUUAAACCUCCCCAGAACCUUUUCCUGGUGUCUCUGGCCAGUGCAGACAUUCUGGUGGCAACAUUAAUCAUACCAUUCUCAUUAGCCAACGAACUUAUGGGCUAUUGGUUUUUCGGGAAAGUUUGGUGUGACAUUUAUCUGGCACUAGACGUCCUCUUCUGCACCUCCUCAAUUGUCCACUUGUGUGCCAUCAGCCUGGACCGCUAUUGGUCCGUCACACAGGCGGUGGAGUAUAACCACAAACGGACACCCCAAAGGGUCAAGGCUAUGAUUGUGGUGGUGUGGCUUAUCUCUGCUGUGAUCUCUUUCCCGCCUCUUAUCUCCAUGGACCGCGAUGAUAACAGCGGGGAUGCCCUGGCCCCCACAUGCCAGCUGAACGACGUGACGUGGUACAUUCUGUACUCCAGCAUCGGCUCCUUCUUUGCGCCCUGUGUCAUCAUGAUCCUGGUCUACAUCCGCAUCUACCAGGUGGCCAAGAAACGGAGCCGGAGCAUGUCGGAGAAGCGGCACGAGGCCGAGGGGGAGAAUGGCAUGGGCCAGCGCAACCUGUGUCGGGGCAACAGCACGGACAAGGAGAAUGGCCACUGUCCCUCCCCGAAGCCCGCCGACGAGGACCUGGACUUGGACCUGGAGGACAGCAGCUCGUCUGACGAGAAAAGCAAAAAGCCACACCACCACCACCACUCCAGCAAACAAAACCCUGAGCUGUCCUGCAAGAAGGAGGCGAGAGCCAGCCGCAAGGACAGCUCCAGCUCCAAGCAGUCCAGCCGCAAGUCCAGGGCCAGCGGCAAAUCUCUGGACCUGUUCUCCUCGCGAAGGAAGAGAAGAAGCACCGUCUCCAAGAAGAAAAUCUCCCAAGCCAGGGAGAAGCGCUUCACCUUUGUCCUGGCCGUGGUCAUGGGUGUGUUUGUGGUCUGCUGGUUCCCCUUCUUCUUCAGCUACAGCCUGUACGGCAUCUGCCGAGAGCCCUGCGCCAUCCCCGAGACCCUGUUCAAGUUCUUCUUUUGGAUCGGCUACUGCAACAGCUCCCUUAACCCGGUGAUCUACACCAUCUUCAACCAGGACUUCCGGAGAGCCUUCCAGAAGAUUCUGUGCAAGUCCUGGAAGAGGUCGUUCUGAGUCGUAAAAGAGAAUUUAUGGAGCCCGUGGCCUCUAAUGUGAUCAUGCCCAGUGCACAGUGCUUGAUCAGAUGAUAUGGGCCACGACAGACGGUGUCCGGUGGAAGGGUCCUGUUCAGCUAAUGUGUUUGGCUUCUCUCCGUAGGCCUUGACAAUCUCCAUGUGACUGAUGUGCAGUGUGUGUGUGUGUAUGUGUGUGUGUGUGUGUGUGUGUGUGUCUUAUGUGCUGUGCUUGGUGGGUGCAGGGUGGCAAGCAGGAGUCCUGUGGGCUGGGAAGCUAGCAGGGUAUUUUAGGAGAUGCCCACCCACUCUUUUUCACUCGAUCACCAUUAGCACGCAGCUCUGCCAUGUUAAUGACGUCCCGAGGCACUGUUCAGUAUCAGGAAACUGUUUUUAUGAUGACUUUGCACAUAUGUCUUUAGUGUCAUCCUUGUGUCUCUGUGUUACAACGACCUGACAGAUAAUUCAGAUCUGGAGAAAAAAAGAGCAGACACUUUAAUAUUCUUUCCUGUCCUCAGUAAGACAAAAUGGACACAUCAGGUAACCUUGAGAAAGAGAGAGCGAGAACAAAAUGAUCUCCACAAACUCUUGUUUCGACCCUAAAUGGUAAAUGUAUUCUGUCGACUUCUCCCAGCUGUGACAGCGGAUCACUUAAUGCUCCUGUGGGAUUUUAUUUCUGACAAAACAGGAAUCCAAGACUGAUCCUUGGCUCAGUGUUUCUGAUCCGUCUUGCAACAGCAUCCUCUCACUGACUCUCUGACUCGCUCUUUGUCUUUAUGUGUGAUGCCAUUGAAAUAAGUAAAACAAUCUAAAUAUAUAGUAUAUAUAUAUGAUAUUUAUAUAGAAUUAUUAUUAUUUAUUCAUCUAUCGAUGAUGAAAAUUGUUUUUAUCCUACUGCAGGCCUCUAAGAUAUAUCAUAUGGCUCUUGUCUCAUGUAUAUACAUAUAUUUAUACAGAUUUUACUGGUGUUCUGGUGUGGAUAAUGACACCAUUAUUGACCUGAGGACUUGAUGUUUUCUCUACCCUUACUUGCUUACAUGCUGAUGUUGUACAUUUCUUUAAAGUUUCAUUUAUUUUGCUUUUGAAAGAAUCUGCUCAUGUUCGGCUCAGCUUUGUCCAACCCCUAAGCACACAAACACAGAACAAAAGCAAGAGAAGAAAUGGUCAAACGGGUCAGUAUCACUUCAUAUGUUUACUGCAGAGUUGAAAACAAAUUUGUGGUUGCGUGGUUACACACAGAGAGCACUGAGUUAGGCCUCUAGCGUUUUCUGCCACAGGGAGUGAUUUUGAACAAACUCCAGAUCCCAGAUCCGUUGUUGAGUCAUGUCAUUUUACUACAUUUUACUGACCUCCACUUAAAAAAGUGGCUAUUUUAAGCUGUUGAGGACAUUCCCAAAUAAAGUAAAUAAAAUGA